AUGGCGAAAGUGGUGAUCGUGGGCGGUGGCCUUGCGGGCCUAUCAGCAGCUUGUGAGCUUUUGGAGAGGGGAUGUUCUGUGACGAUCCUGGAGAAGAGCCACAACUUGGGUGGAAACUCCUCCAAGGCCACUACUGGUAUCGCCGCACCCGGCAGCGAGGUCCAAAAGGCUGCUGGCAUCAUUGACAAGGGCGAGGACCUUGUGGCAGUGGAGCCCAUGGCAAAGGAGAUGAUCGAAAAGGGCGCACAGGAUGUGGAUUGGCUCCUCAACCUUGCUGGGUGCAAGGAUGAGAUUACUCUACGCCUUACCCCAGGCCACAAGACGGUGGCAAGAACCGUGGGAACGAAGGAUCACUUCCCGGGGGCUGUUCUUACCUAUGCUGUGCUGCACCAGCUGGAUGGCAUUGCGAAGGCGAAGCCUAACAAGCUUAAGCUUGUGACCUCUGCGACGGUGUCAAAGCUACUUACCGAGGGCUCCAAGGUUGUGGGCGUGGAGUACCAGGCCGGAGGCACUCAGAAGGAGAUGGGCAUCGUAAUCCUGGCUACAGGUGGCUUUGCUGGUGAUACAUCCCCGACGUCCUUUUUGGCGCAAUGCGCCCCGCAGCUGCUGCAGUUGCCCACCACCAGUGACGAGCGCACAAGCGGUGACGGCAUCACUUUGGCCCAGCCUAUGAAGGCAGCCGUGAAGAACAUGAACAUGGUCUCAGUGUACCCUACCGCUGCAGUAAUUCCGGGCAUGGAGAACGACAAGUUUAAGAUUGUGCUUUCUGAUGCCAUUGUUGGCGCAGGUGGCAAGCUCAUCAACGCAGACGGGAGGCAGUUUGUCAGCGAGCUUGAGAUUGCCCAGAAGCGUGCGGAUGCUAUGGGAAGAUCUAAACCGCCGUUCCGCAUCGUGAUCUCAGAGGAUGAGGCGCAGAAGGUCAAGUGGCUGUGUGACUUCUAUGUCUCCCGCAAGGUCAUGAAGAAAUAUAGCAACGCGACCCAGCUAGCAGGUGACAUGAAGAUUCUUAGCUCUACUUACGUUUAG